AGAGGAUUGGAUGUUCUUCCGAGCACAAUCUCUCGUUUCCGCAAUGGAGGGGAUGAACCCACCGCGGCAUUACUAGAGAACGUCGUCUAUCCAGAAGAAAUUACUCACUGUGCAGCUGGUAUAAAAUGGUUCACCUACUUAUGCCGAAGGAGAAUGGCUCGGCAUCAAUCCCCAAAUAAAAGUUCUGUUUUCCUGAGCCCGGAAAAUGGCGCCGCCGAAGAACUCACAGAGCAACAAAAAGCUGAAAACCAAAGUGAUAUCUUUGUUGGGGACAUUGAGCAAAGUGUGGUGAUUGAUGCAUUUCAUGAUACUGUGAGGAGAUAUUUCAGAGGGCCACUGAAGCCUCCGUUUAAUGUGGAAGCAAGGAGGGCUGCAGGUUUUGGACCAGACUGGUAUGAGCCUUUAGCUUUUAGAGCUGAUUGACUGCCACCGUUUUUGUUGCAUUCUCAAUAGCUAGCUGCUCAUUUCUUCUUGCAUUUCUUCUGGUUAUAGGUUGGUUUGA